AGCUGAUUGGCGAUUAGCGGCUGGUAUAGUAUAUAAGUGUGUUGGAUGUAAAAUAAAACCGAAUGCAUAGUCAGGCAAAAAUAAUCUAAAUCAUAAAUUAAACUGUGAUAUGUUUAGUGAGUAGAGCAAUUAAUUCAUGAUGAACGUGAACUUUGUGUACAUAUUUAUUUUAUUCAACUUGGUCUCUAUAACAUUAGUUUUUGCUGGCAGAGACUUUUACAAAAUAUUGGGUGUUUCCAAGUCUGCUAGCCUUCACGAGAUUAAAAAGGCCUAUCGGAGGUUAGCCAAGGAGCUACACCCAGACAAAAAUCAGGAUGAUCCCGACGCCUCUCAGAAAUUCCAAGACUUGGGAGCAGCUUACGAAGUUCUGUCCGAUGAAGAAAAACGUCAGAAAUAUGACAGGUGUGGGGAAGACUGUCUGCAAAAGGACGGUAUGAUGGAUGGCAGCAUGGACCCCUUUGCUAGUUUCUUUGGGGACUUUGGCUUUCACUUUGGUGGCAAUGAACAAAGACACGAGACUCCCAAAGGAGCUGAUCUCGUUAUGGACGUAUUCGUAACCUUAGAAGACUUAUACACAGGCACUUUCAUUGAAAUUACCAGGAAUAAGCCAGUUAUGAAGGCUGCUAAGGGCACAAGGAAAUGUAACUGCAGGCAGGAAAUGAUCACGAAGAGUUUGGGACCUGGACGGUUCCAAAUGAUACAGCAAACUGUCUGCGACGAAUGUCCAAAUGUUAAAUUAGUGAAUGAGGAGAGGCUUUUGGAGAUGGAGGUGGAGCAAGGUAUGGUAGACGGGCAAGAAACCAAAUUCACAGCUGAAGGAGAGCCUCAUAUCGAUGGGGAUCCUGGGGACCUCAUUUUGAAGAUUAAAACCCAGCCUCACCCUGUAUUUGAGAGAAGAGGGGAUGAUUUGUACACUAAUAUCACAAUUACACUACAAGAUGCGCUAACUGGUUUCUCAAUGGAGAUACCACACUUGGACGGGCACUUGGUUUCGGUCACCAGGGACAAAGUUACUUGGCCGGGGGCCAGAAUACGCAAGAAGGGCGAGGGUAUGCCCAAUUACGACAAUAACAACCUUCACGGUACUCUCUAUAUAACCUUCGAUGUGGAAUUCCCCAAACAGGAACUUAGCCAGGAGGAAAAAGAUGUUAUUAAGAGAAUAUUAAAUCAGAGCUCAAACAACAAAGUAUAUAACGGACUUAGAGGGUAUUAAAGAAAUUUACUUAGUGGGAAGUUGUACAUAUUUGUCAGAAACAGACUAUAAGUGUUAAUAGUGUAUAUUUAUUGAAAUUGUAUUUAUUUCAUUUUUCGGUGCAAGAAGUAUAUGGCUGUUUUGUAUGAAACGCGGUUUGGAAUCUGAUUCCUAAUAAUUUUACCAGAAUUUAGUGUUUUGAAAUUUAUUUUUUGUACAAAUAUAUUUUCUUGUAUAUAACUUAGGUUUGGUAGGUAAAAGACGAAGUUUCAUAUUUUGAUUAGAUUUUUACCAUUAUUUUUCUUGAAACAUAUCGAGUCAUUUGUAAAAUUAUCGAAACGUACUUCUUGUACUACCUUUACUGUGUUCACAGAUUUCUUUUUGUAAUUUACCAAAUAUCUCAAUCAUUUUGGUAAUAUAUUUUUGAUUUAAAAAAAAAAUCAAGACUUACUCUAUAUCAUAUAAAAAAAAAUCUAA